AUGGAAGUCGAAUCGGAUGACGAAACCGUUAGAAGCAUACCCCCCACCGAGAUCAAUGAAGAGGCCGGUGAAAACGAAAAUGAAGAAGAGGUGGGGAAGGGAGAAGAGGACGAUAACCUGUAUCCUGUCGAUUACAUUGUCGAUCAUAGGUAUACAGAUGAUAACCACAUUCAAUAUUUGAUCAAAUGGAAAUAUUACGGAGAAGAUGAGAACACCUGGGAACCCGUAAACAACAUGUGGGCGACUGUGGACGAGAAUCUCAUCAAAACAUAUUGGGACUCGAGGUAUGAGAACGACGCGCCAAUUGGGCUUGUCAGCGAUGAUGAAGACGAUGGUGAAGUUAUCACCCGGGCAACAUUUACUCCAACCUCCACCACCAACAGAAGAGGCGGAAAUAAAUCCCGAAGAAAAUUACGCAAACGACCUCCUGGGCACAAUAUUCCGCGAUUUUUUGAACCGGAAUGGGAUCCUUAUGUUGAUAGGAUUGUUUCAAUGUUUCGGGAUCCUUCCGACGGUGAACUAUACGCGGUAGUUAAUUACCUGCAAGGAUUACUGGUGAAAAUGGCGUUAGGUAACUUGGUUUUUAACCGAGUGGUAUACAAAUCGGAUAUCUGUCUUUGUGGCAAUGGCCCAUUUAAAAUAAAAUCGUUGAUACCCGGCACAAAAACAAAAUACGAUGACUUUGCUAUAGAAGGGAACUCCGCGAUGAGACUUCCCAACUUAUCAAAGGCCACUACCAAAUUUCAUAAGAUUCGUAUUGGUUAG